AUGCCUAACAUCAGAUAUUUAGCCCACAACAAAGAUAUGCUGUAUGGUUACGGUUUGAAAAAAAAACUAGUCAAUGAUGAUAAUCGUUUAGGAAUUUCGGAGCGAAAUGUGUCCUUUGAGAUAUUGAAAAGAUCUAAAUCUCUAUGUGAUUCCUGGUAUACAACUCAAUCAGAUUCGAUAAAUGUGUUACAAUCCAUCAGCAAUGUAAUUUCACAACGCAGUGCAACCUAUGAUCUACCUAUAACUUUAGAAGAUCAUGGUGUAAAUCAACCUAGACUUUUAUUCAAUCAAACGGAAUCAAUGGAAGCCUUGUUUCAGAAAAUGAAGUUUUUUAUUGCAAAGUUUGGCGAUCUAAAUGACAAAUUCCAUAACUUGGAGCUAGAAGCCUCUCGGCUUGUUACAAAGUCACUGACUCUUCCUUCUAAGUCAUAUCCAUUAUCUACCGAAUCAAUGAUACAGUACUUUAUCCACAUAUGUGUCAACCUACGAUCAAUUCCAAAACCUAAUUAAUCGGUGGUCAGUUGAAUCACACAUCGACGAUCAGGUCGAGAAAGAUAUCGUAGAACGUAUUAAACUUUAUAAAUUAGUCAAGGUUGUACUUGAGU